AUGGAAGAAAUUAUAUCCUCAUGUUCUUCACCCAACUUUGGUCCAGAAAACCCAGCCAUAUUCCAACAACGUCUCCAGUUCUUAGUUCAGAGCAGGCCUGAAUGUUGGGUUUAUUCCAUUUUCUGGCGAGCCUCCAAAGACAGCAAUGGCCAAGUUUCUUUGUCAUGGGGUGCCGGAGAUUUCCAAAUCGACAGAGACUUGACAUCCAAAACAACCAACGAGGUGACCAAUAAUUACCAACCCAAAAUUGGGUUAACCAAGAAGGUGACUAGCAGAGAAGCUGAAGAAGCUCUUUUCCAUGAAGACAUGGUGGACUUGGAGAUGAGGCUGGUGGAUCAUGGAGAUGUCACUGGAUCUGAGUGGUUUUACUUUUACAGUGUUUCUUUAACCCAGUCGUUUGCUGCAGGCCAUGCAACCAAUAAUAUUCUGGGCCGAGCAUUUUGUUCUGGUGGUUUUGUUUGGCUUGCAGGUGUUCAUGAGCUUCAGUUUUAUGAGUGUGAGAGAGUGAAAGAAGCUAGAAUGCAUGGAAUUCAAACUUUGGUUUGCAUUGCAACUUCUUGUGGGGUGCUUGAGCUGGCUUCUGUGGAUGUGAUCAAAGAAGAUUGGGGCCUUGUGCACCUAUCAAUAUCACUCUUUGGAUCAGAUAACAACAGGGUCUCGCAGCAGGGCAGCCGUGACGGCGAUGUGCUUGUUCCACCCCUAGAAAAUGGGAUGUUUUUAGGAGUUCAAAAAGAGCUAACCAGACAAGAAUGUGGUAGAAAAGAAGUAGCACCUACCAAUAUAGGCGGGUUAUCACCAGAGUCACCUUCUGAUUCUGUUGGCAAUUUCACCUCUGAGAAUACAGCGAAGCCUCGUUCGAAAAAGAGAGGGAGAUCGUCAACCAAUGGAGCUAGUAGAGAAUCGGCAUUGUUAAACCAUGUUGAGGCAGAGAGGCAGAGGAGGGAGAAGCUUAAUCAUCGCUUCUAUGUCCUCCGGUCUGUUGUUCCCAAUGUCUCCAAAAUGGACAAGUCCUCUUUGCUUGCUGAUGCUGUGUCAUACAUCAAUCAGCUCAAAGCAAAGGUUGAGGAAUUGGAGGCCAAAAUCCAAGAGCAACCUCCAACUCCCAAAACGGGUAGUGUUAGCCAUCCUGAUCAUCACCUUAGCCAAAGCAGCUGCUCCAUAGUUGAUAGUCAUCAUCAUCAUCAUUCAAGUUAUAAUAAUAGAACAGUUGUGCCAGUGGAAGUGGAUGUGAAGAUCAUGGGAUCAGAAGCGAUAAUACGAGUUCAGUGUCCGGAUCAAGACUACCCGUAUGCUCGAUUGAUGAACGCACUCAAAGGGUUAGGGUUACAAGUUUAUCAUGCAAGCAUAUCAAGUGUGAAAGAGUUGAUGAUUCAAGAUGUUGUGGCAAGAGUGCCUUAUGGGUUCAAUAGUGAUCAGGAGGCCAUGAGAACCGCCAUUAUGAAAAGAUGGCACAGCUAG